CUCCACCUCACCCUGCCCUUCCCCCUCCUGCUCCUCCUCUCUGUCAGCAUGGAUGACAACAUAGAAAUCCACACCUUCCUGUACUUUGCCUACGGCAGCAACCUACUGAAGGGAAGGUUCCAGCUCAAGAACCCCUCCGCUUCCAUCCACUGUGUGGCCAGGCUCAAGGACUACAAGCUGAUAUUUGGAAACUACAAGGGUCUGGCCAGUGACCGCUGGCAUGGGGGUGUGGCGACCAUCGAGAACAGCCCAGGGGACGAGAUGUGGGGAGUGGUAUGGAGGAUGAACGUGGCCGACCUCAAGUCUCUAGACAGCCAGGAGAACGUGAGACUAAGGGCCUACAGCCCUGUGGAGGUGAAUGUGAAGACUCAGGGCCAAGAGCUCAUCUGUCGCACCUACAUCAUGAACAGCUGUGUUUACGCUCCACCAUCGCCACAGUACCUCAAGGAGACACAACUCCUUUUACACUCUUCCCCCCCCCCUCUCUCUCUAUCACACACUGUCUUAAUUUCUCAAUCUAGUUAUAUCUCUUUUAUUCAAAAUACAUUUAAGAACAUGGACUUGACACUGAACUCUGUAAGACGUUAGAUACCUUACAAAGUGUAGAGAGGAACAUUGUUAAUGAAACUGGUGCUCUCCAUGGAUAAACAGUGGGACAAUGAAUAGAAACGCAGAAAGUUGUCUCUGAAAAGGUAUUUACCAACAAACGUUUUUUCAAAUGAAUUGUAAUAAAACAAUACAGUCUAUAUUGUCAAAGGAGAAGCUGAAGGCCAUCUAGACCAACAAGUAUGAGGGCCCACUGCCUGUCAUGGCUGAGCUGGAGCGGAUUAUGAAAAGAGACAAAGAGAGAGCCAACCACCGAUCUGACGCUUAACAACACCUGGAACAAACUGCCAUGUUUAGGAACUCAACUCCUGGUAGGACAAUAUAAGUUUGCUUCAACAUCUUCCAUUGUCCUACCAAGAGUUGCUGAAUAUCUUCUCAUCUCCAGUUUGCUCCACUGUUCAUGCACCUUGGUUUGAAAGCAAGUAAGAGACAGCAUAUAUUUUUCUCUAGGAACUCAAACCUGCCUAGAGAGAGAACUGUGUUCACGAACUCACUGGUUAAAGAAACCCUCAACAUUACAUCUAUAAAUUCUCUUCAGGAAUAGUUAUUUACUGACUAAUAAUGAUGAUGAUGAUGACACUGAGCAUCCCUCAGACUGUAUAGGGAUUAAAUGUAGAAUAAGAUCAUGUGUAUUUGUACUACUUUGGCAGACAAUAAAACCUCCCUGGAU